AGAGGCGGGACCCGGUUUAGAGGCGGAGCUCGAGAACAGAAGUUAGCUAGGGCAGAGCCUUGGGCGGGGCGUAGGCGGGACUGCGGGAGGACAGCGGCUAGGCAUGGGCGGAGCCUGAGAGGAUUAAGCCCGGCUGGGGGCGGAGUCGUGGUUAUGGGCGGGGCCCGUGAGGACUGAACUUGACUGGGACGGGGUCGUGGGCGGGGCUCCAAGAAGACCGAGCCUUGCUGGGGCGGGGUGUGGACUGACACUGUGGGCGGGGCCGGAGCGCUGUUGGAGGGCGGGGUCGGAUGAGGGCACCGCACUCCGGGUGUGGCUGUCCGAGCGCCGUGGGCGGUGCCACAGCGGGCGGGGCAGCCGGUGAGCUGUGUGGCUUUGACCAUGAAGCCGCAGCCACCGGGCUAGGCCCGGGGCUGCUCCAGGCCUGGGCGGCCCGCAGAGGGCUGGGCCGGUCACCGGCUCGGGUUCCCGGGACGGCAGGUGGCCGCUCACCAUGCCCGGCAAGCACCAGCAAUUCCAGGACCCUGAGGUCGGCUGCUGCGGGAAAUACUUCCUGUUUGGCUUCAACAUUGUCUUCUGGGUGCUGGGAGCCCUGUUCCUGGCCAUUGGCCUCUGGGCCUGGGGUGAGAAGGGCGUUCUCUCCAACAUCUCGGCGCUGACAGAUCUGGGCGGUCUUGACCCCGUGUGGCUGUUUGUGGUGGUGGGGGGAGUCAUGUCAGUGUUGGGCUUCGCCGGCUGCAUUGGGGCCCUCCGGGAAAACACCUUCCUGCUCAAGUUCUUCUCUGUGUUCCUCGGCCUCAUCUUCUUCCUGGAGCUGGCCGCGGGGAUCCUGGCCUUCGUCUUCAAGGAUUGGAUCCGAGACCAACUUAAUCUCUUCAUCAACAACAAUGUCAAAGCCUACCGGGAUGAUCUCGACCUUCAGAACCUUAUCGACUUUGCUCAGGAAUACUGGUCUUGCUGUGGUGCCCGAGGGCCCAAUGACUGGAACCUCAAUAUCUACUUCAACUGCACUGACUUGAACCCAAGCCGUGAGCGCUGUGGGGUGCCCUUUUCCUGCUGUGUUAGGGACCCAGCGAUGUCCUCAAUACCCAGUGUGGCUAUGACAUCCGACUCAAACUGGAGCUCGAGCAGCAGGGCUCCAUCUACACCAAAGGCUGUGUGGGCCAGUUUGAGAAGUGGCUACAAGACAACCUGAUCGUGGUGGCCGGGGUCUUGGUGGGGAUCGCCCUCCUCCAGAUAUUUGGCCUCUGCUUGGCCCAGAACCUCGUGAGUGACAUCAAGGCGGUGAAGGCCAACUGGUGAGGCUGCCAGGGGUGAUGGCCAUGUGCCUGGCCCGUGGGGCUCUAGUGGGGGCCUCCCAGGACACUCUGCCUCGCUCACAAUGGCAAGGCCUGUGGGACGUCUGUUACGACCUGAGCCGGAGGUUUUGUGACCUUGGUGCUCAUUACCCACUGAGGAAACCAUUGGGGACUAGACUGGGGCUGUUUGCCACAGAGCUCUGUGUCGGGGGUGUGUACCUGUGUGUGUGCAUGCACACUCGUAAGUGCACCUGGAGUCUCUACCCUGCUGCUGUGAGGUGGUGGCCCUUCCAGAGCUCGUGGGGGGGGGGCAGAUGGAGGGUAGGGCAGGCACCUGUGUCCCCUGGUCUACUGUGGGAUGUAUCUGUGUGUGGCUUAGGAGCCUGCUGUCUCAGACCUCUCCAUACUCACCAUGACUUUGAGCCUGCCUGGAGCUUGUCUUGGCCUCAGUGUCACAGCCUCUGAAAUGGGUCCAAGAAUUCUCUCUCUCGCUUGCCUCUCAGGAUCACACUUGGCGAUGGCUACAAACGACUCAAUAAACAACACUUUGAAAAACA